AUGAAAUUUCCAAUCGAGACUCCAAGGAAACAGGUGAACUGGGAUCCUCAAGUGGUUGUUCCCUCAGCCAUGUCAGCUUGUGAGCCCAAGACUAAUGGGCACCAUCCAGCUCCACGACUCUCUGUUUCUUCCCGGACCACUGUUGUCGCCACCAUGGAAACCACCUCCCAGGGCUCGCAGACAGUCAUGAAGUGGAAAACAGUGGUGGCCAUCUUCGUUGUGGUUGUAGCUUACCUGGUAACUGGAGGUCUUGUCUUCCGUGCCCUGGAGCAGCCUUUUGAAAGCAGCCAGAAAAAUACAAUAGCCUCAGAGAAGGCGGAUUUCCUUCGGGAGCACGUUUGUGUGACCCCAAUGGAGCUGGAGACUCUGAUUCAGCAUGCCAUUGAUGCAGAUAACGCAGGAGUCAGUCCCAUAGGAAACUCUUCUAACAACAGCAGUCACUGGGACCUUGGAAGUGCCUUUUUCUUUGCUGGAACAGUCAUCACAACCAUAGGGUAUGGGAACAUCGCCCCAAGCACUGAAGGAGGCAAAAUUUUCUGCAUUUUGUAUGCCAUCUUUGGGAUUCCACUCUUUGGCUUCUUGCUGGCUGGAAUUGGAGAUCAACUAGGAACCAUCUUUGGGAAAAGUAUCACAAGAGUGGAGAAAGUUUUCCGAAAAAAACAAGUGAGUCAGACAAAGAUCCGGGUGAUCUCCACUAUCCUCUUCAUCUUAGCAGGGUGCAUUGUCUUUGUGACCAUCCCUGCAGUCAUUUUCAAACAGAUUGAAGGAUGGACAGCCUUGGAGUCCAUUUACUUUGUGGUCAUCACUCUGACCACGGUUGGCUUUGGCGAUUUUGUAGCAGGGGGAAAUACUGAUAUCCAUUAUCGGGAGUGGUACAAGCCCUUAGUCUGGUUUUGGAUCCUCGUCGGCCUUGCCUACUUUGCUGCUGUCCUGAGUAUGAUUGGAGACUGGCUAAGAGUUCUAUCCAAGAAGACAAAAGAAGAGGUUGGUGAAAUAAAAGCCCACGCGGCUGAAUGGAAAGCCAACGUGACUGCUGAGUUCAGGGAAACCCGGAGGCGGCUCAGCGUGGAGAUCCAUGACAAGCUUCAGAGGGCAGCCACCAUUCGGAGCAUGGAACGUAGGCGCCUAGGGCUGGACCAGAGGGCCCACUCACUGGAUAUGCUCUCUCCGGAAAAGCGCUCUGUCUUCGCUGCCUUGGAGACGGGACGCUUCAAGGCCUCAUCUCAGGAAAGCAUCAACAACAGACCUAACAACCUGCGCCUUAAAGGGACAGAACAGCUCAACAAGCAUGGGCAGGGGUCAUCUGAGGACAACAUCAUCAACAAGUUUGGCUCCUCAUCCAAGCUGACCAAAAGGAAAAACAAAGACCUGAAAAAGUGCAUCCCCGAGGAUGUGCGGAAAAUUUAUGAGACCUUCCGACACCUCUCCUUGGAUGAAGAGAAGAAGGAAGAGGAGACUGAGAAGAUGUGUAACUCAGAGAACUCUUCUAGCACAGCUAUCCUGACUAACUGUAUUCAGCAACACUUGAACCUGGAAAAUGGAACCAUCCCCACUGAAACCAAAGAAAGGGAACAUGAAAACAAAACAUUACUUGAAGACAGAAAUUAA